GAAAAUGUUUGAGAAGAACACAAAAAUUUUUUUUCAAAAUUGGCCAGCAAAAAUUGAGGGAAAGAGGGGGAGAAAAACACACAAAAAUAUUCAUUCCUUUCCCUCUCCGCUUGUUUUUCCGGUUUUUAUUCUCAUCCCCUCUAAAUACAUUAAUUCCCUCAUUUUUGAGACAUCUUUGGCCUAUUUUUGUUUUAUUUAUUUGGUUUUGGUUAGGCCAUUGUUGUGCUUUUUGGUUUGUUUUUAGUUUGUUCUGUGACUUGUCUU